AUGCGAAAAUGCUACCAAAAUACCAUGGGAGUCUUAGUAGAUAAUUCUGUUCCAGAAUUAAUCAAACUCAAUUGCUCUCUGAAGAACCUUGUCCAUGCCCACAGAUUCUCAGACGCCCUCCAUCUCUUCCAACAAAUCCACUCACUCCGCCACCUCAAACCCGACCACUACACUCUUUCAACAGCCCUCACAGCGUGCGCCAACUCCCGCGAAAUAAGAGUGGGUGCCCAACUCCACAAUCACUGCAUCAAAUCCGGCCUUCGAAGCUUCUCUCACGUAGCGAAUACCCUGCUCGCGUUGUAUGCGAAGUUGCGGGACUUGGUAUCGGUGAAAAGGGUCUAUACUGAUAUAAGCGAGCCCGAUGUAUACUCGCACACGACACUGUUGUCAGCUUGCACGAAGCUCGGCGAAGUUGAUUAUGCUCGUAUGGUGUUCGACAAAAUACCUGAAAGAAAUGUGGAAGUCUGGAAUGCGAUGAUCACGGGUUGCGCUGAGAAUGGACUUGAUGGGCUUGCGUUCGAUUUCUUCCGGAGAAUGCGUAUCCUUGAUGUGAAAGCGGAUAACUAUGCGUUUGCCAGUGUUGUGAGCUUAUGUACAGUUGUGAAGCUUGAGUUUGGGAGGCAACUUCAUUGCUUGGUUUUGAAAAAUGGAUUUUUGAGGAAGGCGUCCGUCGGUAAUUCAUUGGUCACUAUGUAUUUUAAAUGUGAAAGUGCUGGUGAUGCUUGUGAAAUAUUUGAGGAAAUCGGGAGAGAAGUUGGUGACGAGAUAGCAUAUAAUGCAGUUAUAUCAGGAUUGGUCAGUAUGGAAAGAGAUGAAGAAGCUCUGUUGAUGUUCAAAGAUAUGCAAACCGUUGGUCUGAAACCAACUGAAUUGACUUUUGUGAGUGUAAUGGGAGCUUGUUUCAAUUCCGAAAUUGCUACUCAAGUACAUGGCCAAGCUAUCAAGAUGAGUUUUGGAGACUCUACUAAAGUUAAUAAUGCAGCAAUAAGCAUGUAUUCUAAUUGCGGGGAGUUAGCUGCAGCUUGUUUGGUUUUCAGAGCGUUGGAAGGGAAGGAUGUCGUCUCGUGGAAUGCCAUUAUAGCAAGCUACACUCAAGAGAGCCUGAAUGGAGAUGCUAUCUCCACCUACCUUCAGAUGCAAAGGAAUUGUGUUGAGCCAGAUGAAUUCACUAUUGGAAGCUUGCUAGCAAACUUAGAUUCGGUAGAGGUAGUUGAGAUGAUACAAGCAGUUCUAGUGAAAAGGGCGCUCAUUCACAGAGUUGAAGUUGCAAACGCAUUGCUUUCAGCAUUAUCUAGGAACAGUGCGAUAGAGAAGGCCCACGAAAUCUUCUGUCAAAUGCACUCAAGAAAUGUAAUAUCUUGGAAUGCAAUGAUAUCUGGAUUUCUAUUAAAUGGAUUGCCAGAGGAAGGGCUGCAACAAUUUUUGGAAUUACUAGAAUUAGGUCUAAAACCAAAUCAUUACACUUUGAGCCUUGUUUUAAGCAUUUGCUCCAGUAUAUCGGAUCUUCUUCAUGGCAAAGAAGUUCAUGCAUACUUACUGAAAUUGGGUUAUUUCGUUCACACCUUGCUUGGUAAUGCCCUCAUUGCGCUGUACUCCAAGUCUGGGGCUUUGAACUGGUCAUUGAAAGUGUUCCGCAGUAUGACCAAUAGAGAUGUUGUUUCUUGGAACUCAGUGAUCUCCGCCCAUGCACUGCACGGAGAGGGCAAGGAGGCCAUCAAGUGGUUUGAGGCUAUGCAGUGUUCGAGUACAGUGAGGCCGGAUAAGGCAACUUUCACUGCAGUCUUAUCGGCUUGCAGCCAUGCAGGUUUAGUUGCUGAUGGUAUUAGGAUCUUCAAUUUGAUGGUGGAGGGUUAUGGCAUUGAUCCAGAAAUGCACCACUUCUCUUGUGUGGUCGAUCUAUUAGGGAGGGCCGGGUUUCUUGAUGUAGCGGAGAGGCUGAUCAAGGAUGCUGGCAGUGAUAUCGACCCGAGUGUUUGGUGGACUUUGUUGAGUUCUUGUGCAGCCUACGGCCAUCUGCACUUGGGAAAUAUAGUUGCGAAGUUUCUCCUUGAAACAGGGCAUGAUGAUGAUCCUUCGCUUUACAUUCUGCUGUCGAAUCUUCAUUCUAAUGCUGGGAAAUGGGAAGAGGCAGCUAGUUUUAGGGAAGUGAUGAAGAAAUAUGGUGUGAUGAAGCAACCUGGAAGAAGUUGGAUCUCCCCAUGAUCAUUGCUAAGCUGAGAUUUGGUAUCCCUGGCUUUGCAGAGAAGCGGAGUAGUAGAAGGAAUUGAUUAUGAUUUAUGCAUCAAGUGAUGAAGUUAAGAAAGGGUAUGUUUCUCGUAACAGGAGAUGCUAGAUCAAGAUUCCAUAGUACUUUUAAGCAAUUUGGGUUAUUCAAGCUCUGGAUAAGAAUCAAACUGCAAAUGUGCUAAAUGGUUUUGCACUUAUGAAGUUGCUACCGCAUGCGCGUUGGCUGUUGGUGCAGAGAAACUCCUUUGCAUAAUUGAUGGACCAAUCCUUGAUGAAUCUGGGAGGCCUAUACGUUUUCUCUUCAAGAUUCAGGCAUAUUGGUUCGGAAGCGAGCUAAACAAAGUUGCUCAAGAAGAUAUCACCUGUGAUGAUACGAAUGAUAUAGCCACUACAAAUGUUAAGGCUGUUACUCAGACUCGAAUAUUCUCCAAAAUGGACAGGCUUGGACAACGGGAAUGGACUUUGGUCCACAACUGAUGAGUGCCCUUUUAUCUAAGAUUUUCGAUGACCUAGGGACUACGAGGAGCAUGACCACAGAAGAAGCUGCGGUUAGCAGCUGAGAUGUCUUUAGUGGAAGCAGAGGAGACGGAGAUUGAAGCUGAAGCGGCACUAUGUUUCGCUGAUGCAGCUCAGAAGGCUCUUACAUGUGUUUCUAGAGCUCAAUUCCUGUAAGUUAAGUUAGAUGGGACUUCACUUAAGUGGCGAUUUUAUUUAUUUGUAUGCAUAUUUUGUGUUUAAUCUCUAGCAUAAAAAUAAUAUUAAUACUCUUCUUAGCACUAAAGAUGUAGUGAAAACAAAAAAUUCUUAACUAUUGGA